AGAUAGCGGAAGCUUUUCGUAGUAACAAAGCAAUGAACGGGACGGUUCCGGAAGAAGUGGUGGCAGAGUAAAAAUCUAUCAACUCUCGGUUGUGUUUCUAAAGAUAAGUGUCAGCUUAAAGUCAGUCCAAGUUUUUGUGUGUUUACUUUGAAAGUCUACGGCGGGACUAAACCAGCAUAGCCUACAGCGGGGAACUGAAAAUGGAGGUAGAAAAGGAAAUCAAGAAGAUGACCCUGGGCCACGAGAUCGGCGCUGGGGCGGCGUGUCUGAAAUGCAAAGAAAAGUGUGAGGGGUUCGAGCUGCACUUCUGGAGAAAGAUCUGCCGGAACUGUAAGUGUGGGCUGACGGACCACGAUGUGCAGAUGAACUCUGAUGAUAACCGGAAGGUGGGCAAGCUGUUCGAGGAUACCAAGUACACUGGCCUCAUCGCCAAGCUCAAGACCGACGGCGUCCCCACAUACAAGGGCAACCAGGUCACCUUCUCCAUCUCCCCCAGCCCCAUGUCAGGAACCGCUGUUCCAUACAGUCCCCAAUCUGCCCACACUGUGCCAGCCAAUGCUGGCUAUGGGGCUGGAGCUGGGGCUGGCUAUGGUGCUGGGACCGGGGCUGGAGUUGGAGCUGUGGCUAGCUAUGGUGCUGGGGCCGGAGCUGGGGCCGCUGCUGGGGCUGGGCCCGCAACCAUGCCCAAACCUGGGGCAAUCAGAGCCACUGCUGUGUCAGCCAACGUCUUGCCAGUCAGGAAGGACGCCGUGCCCAUGAAGUCUGUCACCUAUGAGUGGGCUCCUCCAGGGCUCAAACAGUACAUGGCGGUACGCUACAUCGAGCUCCUGCCCCCAGAGAGGCGUCCCAUAGCGGGAACGGAGGGUGCGGCCUACCGCCGGCAACAGAUGGCAGUGCAGCUACCGGAGCACGACCAGGAUCCGGCCAAGUGCCACGAGCUGACCCCUGCAGAGGUCAAACAGAUGCAGCAGUUUGUCCGCAAGUACAAAGACGAGGCCCUGGGAGUGGGAGACAUCAAGCUGCCUGAGGAGAUGAUGAUGGGACAGGCUCCGGGUGUACUCGGACAAGCGGGACAGGUUCAGCCUGGGAUGGGGACUGGAGGAUACCCUGGGGCAGGAGAAGGUGGACCAGGAGACAUGGGCACUGCUGCCACCGCUGGGGCCAUGGGUACUCCGGGAGCCCCUGGAGGUCACCUGGCUGGACCCUGUGGACACUACUCGUGCCACCAGUGCCAGCUGCCCAUGCGUCAGGGUGAGCCUGCGGUGUACGCAGAGCGUGCUGGCUACGACAAGCUGUGGCACCCAGCCUGCUUCGUGUGCUGUACCUGCUCAGAGCUCCUGGUGGACAUGAUCUACUUCUGGAAGAAGGGACAGCUGUACUGCGGGCGCCACUACGGAGACAGUGAGAAGCCACGCUGCGGGGGCUGUGACGAGCUGAUCUUCAGUAAUGAGUACACGCAGGCCGAGGACCAGAACUGGCAUCUGAAGCACUUCUGCUGCUUUGACUGUGACUGUGUUCUGGCUGGAGAGACCUACGUUAUGGAGAACAACAAGCCUGUCUGCAAGCCCUGCUACAUGAAGAGCCACGCCGCGGUGUGUACGGCCUGUCAGAACCCAGUGGAGCCCGAGGCCCAGCGUGUGUCCUACGGGGAGUUCCACUGGCACGCUGAGCCUCAGUGCUUCCAGUGCUCCUGCUGUGCUAAGUGUCUCAUUGGAGAGCGCUUCAUGGCCAUACAGGGCAUGCUCUUCUGCUCUGUCGAGUGCAAGAAGAAGACCAUGACCUAGAGUAGACCAUGACCCAGAGUAGACCAUGACCCAGAGUAGACCAUGACCCAGAGUAGACCAUGACCCAGAGUAGACCAUGACCCAGAGUAGACCAUGACCCAGAGUAGACCAUGACCCAGAGAAGACCAUGACCGCAGUGUACCGCAUAGCAGCUCAACCUUCUCCGGGCUCACAACCACAAUCGUAAUUUGAACCAAGCCUGGUCUAGAAUACAAACAAAAGUCUUACAGUGGAAUUAUUCAUCAGCCUUGACCACAAGAGCCUAACCAAUGAUGUUCAGUUUCCAAGUUCCUGAUGGGAUGGGGAAAAUGCCUUAAAUCUAUUGAGUCUUCUUUUAACAAGAUAGAUAUCCUUCUCAACAUCUCCUGUCUCUCUCACUUCAUAUGCACUGUUUUUUUCGACUUCCUCUUUCUUUACUGAGAUUAAUUUGGUUGGAGUUUUGUUUCAGAACACUUUUCUUCAUCUGAGUUUAAAGCAGCUAUGAAUUAUUCUCUACUCUGUCUACUCCCAAGGAUUUUGGGGGGAAUUGUAUUAGGAUCCCCAUUAGCUGUUGCUAAUGGGGAUCCUAAUACACACAAAACACGAAACAUGACAUAGUACAGAACAUUAAUAGACAAGAACAGUGGCCUUCCUUGGGUUGUUCUCAUAGCCUGCUGCUGUCUCUCUAGAAGUUACUACUGAAUACUGAACUGUUAAGUAACAAUAUCAGUAUAAUCGUAAUAGUAUUGCAAUACGUGAUACUUUAUGGGCAGUAUUUCUGUUCUACUAGAAGCAGCCUUUCAGUGUUGUAACAGGCGGAUAACUACCUAUGACUAUGCCAUGUGACCGACUGAUUCUCUCCAACACAGUCCUGGAGAACCCCUGUGAACGCAGGUUUUCACAAGUGACACUAUUAAGGACAACAUCACUGAAAUGUGAAGGCAGGUGAUGUCAUAUCUACAGAACAUCUUAAAACGAUGAUGAAUGACUUGAGGACCAAUGAAAUGAUCAGAAAUCAUCAAGUAGUUGUCUCUACUGUGGUGUCAACUUAUCUACUGCCUUCUCUCCUUCCUGCAGUCUGUUUCCCUCGCAGUCUUCACAAUAAGUACCAUUUGCUUUCCUUUUUUCUCUUGCUCAAUGUAAAGCACUUUAUAUUUUCUCCUCACACUCUUAACAACCUAAUAAAGUUUUUUUUGCAAUGA